AUGCUUUCAGAACCCAUAAAUGUUGCUUUAUCUUUGCGAGCGAGCAUGUCUCGAUUGCUAGUGCUGGUUUGCGUCUUGACAACGUGUAACGCUUUGUAUUUCCACAUCGCCGAAACUGAAAAGAAAUGUUUUAUUGAGGAAAUUCCUGAUGAGACGAUGGUUACUGGAAAUUACAAAGUCCAGUUGUAUGAUCCUAAUACGAAGGGCUACGGCGACUAUCCAAACAUCGGAAUGCAUGUGGAAGUAAAAGAUCCUGAGGAUAAGGUCGUCCUGUCUAAACUGUACACAUCUGAGGGUAAAUUCACUUUUACCUCUCAUCUUCCCGGCGAGCAUGUGAUCUGCCUGUAUUCUAACAGUACUGCGUGGUUUAGUGGUGCUCAGCUAAGAGUCCACCUCGAUAUUCAAGCUGGAGAUCACGCCCAAGAUUACCAACAGAUUGCUACCAAGGAUAAGUUGAAUGAGCUGCAACUUCGUAUUCGUCAGCUUCUUGAUCAAGUUGAACAAAUCACUAAAGAGCAGAACUAUCAGCGAUAUAGAGAAGAGCGUUUCCGACAAACUUCAGAAUCAACAAAUCAGCGUGUUCUGUGGUGGUCAGUUGGCCAGACCCUUGUUCUAGUCCUAACUGGAGCGUGGCAGAUGCGACAUCUUAAAGGAUUCUUCGAGGCUAAGAAACUAGUCUAG